CGGGCAGCGAGAGGCGAGCCGAGAGUGGAGGAGGCGGCGGCGGCGGGAGCGCUCCCCAGGAAUGUCGCUGCCGCCGCCACCGCCGGGGCCGCUGCCGUUGAGGAGGCGACGGAGGAGACCGGCGUUGUUAGGUAAAAAGCUUUUCACUUCCCAGUGACCAAUGAUGUGAUGACAUAUGUAAAAUUCAGACAUACUCAUUUUCAUUUAAUAUCGCCCUUUUUGAAACUUGGAAAAUAUCUCUUAUGGAAGAUGAUCCAUAUGAUCUUGAAGUCCUUUCUUUGGUGAUGAAGGAACUACAAAGAACCAAAUAUAAUUCUGAAAUUCAGGAUCUGUAUUUUGAGAUGGUUUUAUUUUCAGGAUGAAAAGUAUAUAUGGUUACCUUUAUGAAUGUAGAGACAUGAGAAAAGAGUUAUGAUGGCAAAAAACAAAGAGCCUCGCCCCCCAUCCUAUACUGUCAGUGUAGUUGGACUCUCUGGGACUGAAAAAGACAAAGGUAACUGUGGAGUUGGAAAAUCUUGUUUGUGCAAUCGAUUUGUACGCUCAAAAGCAGAUGAAUAUUAUCCAGAGCAUACUUCUGUGCUUAGCACCAUUGACUUUGGAGGCCGAGUAGUAAACAAUGAUCACUUUUUAUACUGGGGUGACAUAACACAAAGUGGUGAAGACGGAGUAGAAUGCAAAAUUCAUGUCAUUGAACAAACAGAGUUCAUUGAUGACCAGACUUUCUUGCCUCAUCGAAGUACAAAUUUACAACCAUACAUAAAACGUGCAGCUGCCUCUAAAUUGCAGUCAGCAGAAAAACUAAUGUACAUUUGCACAGAUCAGCUAGGCUUGGAGCAAGACUUUGAACAGAAGCAAAUGCCUGAAGGAAAGCUCAAUGUAGAUGGAUUUUUAUUGUGUAUUGAUGUAAGUCAAGGAUGCAAUAGGAAGUUUGAUGAUCAACUUAAAUUUGUGAAUAACCUUUUUGUCCAGCUAUCAAAAUCCAAAAAGCCUGUGAUAAUAGCAGCAACUAAAUGUGAUGAAUGUGUGGAUCAUUAUCUUAGAGAAGUUCAAGCAUUUGCUUCAAACAAAAAGAACCUUCUUGUAGUGGAAACCUCAGCGCGAUUUAAUGUCAACAUUGAGACAUGUUUUACUGCAUUAGUACAAAUGUUGGAUAAAACUCGUGGCAAACCUAAAAUUAUUCCCUAUCUGGAUGCUUAUAAAACACAGAGACAACUUGUUGUCACAGCAACAGAUAAGUUUGAAAAACUUGUACAGACUGUGAGAGAUUAUCAUGCAACUUGGAAAACUGUUAGUAAUAAAUUAAAAAAUCAUCCUGACUAUGAAGAAUACAUCAACUUAGAGGGAACAAGAAAGGCCAGAAAUACAUUCUCAAAGCAUAUAGAACAACUCAAACAGGAACAUAUAAGAAAAAGGAGAGAAGAAUAUAUAAGUACUUUACCAAGGGCUUUUAAUACUCUCUUGCCUGAUCUAGAAGAGAUUGAACACUUGAAUUGGUUGGAAGCUUUGAAGUUAAUGGAAAAGAGAGCAGAUUUCCAGUUAUGUUUUGUGGUGCUAGAAAAAACACCUUGGGAUGAAACUGACCAUAUAGACAAAGUUAAUGAUAGACGGAUCCCAUUCGACCUCCUGAGCACUUUAGAAGCAGAAAAGGUCUAUCAGAACCAUGUACAACAUCUGAUAUCAGAGAAACGAAGAAUAGAGAUGAAGGAGAAAUUCAAGAAGACUUUAGAAAAAAUUCAGUUCAUUUCACCUGGGCAACCAUGGGAGGAAGUUAUGUGUUUUGUUAUGGAGGAUGAAGCAUUCAAAUACAUCACUGAAGCUGAUAGCAAAGAAGUAUAUGGUAGGCAUCAGCGAGAGAUAGUUGAAAAAGCCAAAGAAGAGUUUCAGGAAAUGCUUUUUGAGCAUUCUGAACUUUUUUAUGAUUUAGAUCUUAAUGCAACACCAAGUUCAGACAAAAUGAGUGAAAUUCAUACAGUUCUAAGUGAAGAACCUAGAUACAAAGCUUUACAGAAACUUGCACCUGAUAGAGAGUCUCUUCUACUUAAGCAUAUAGGAUUUGUUUAUCAUCCCACUAAAGAAACCUGCCUCAGUGGCCAAUAUUGUACAGACAUUAAAGUGGAACACUUACUUGCCAGUAGUCUUUUACAGUUGGAUCAUGGCCGCUUGCGCUUGUAUCAUGAUAGUACCAAUAUAGACAAAGUUAAUCUUUUCAUUUUAGGGAAAGAUGGCCUUGCCCAGGAACUAGCAAAUGAGAUAAGGACUCAAUCCACUGAUGAUGAGUAUGCCUUAGAUGGAAAAAUUUAUGAACUUGAUCUUCGGCCUGUUGAUGCCAAAUCGCCUUACAUUUUGAGUCAGUUAUGGACUGCAGCCUUUAAACCACAUGGGUGCUUCUGUGUAUUUAAUUCUAUUGAAUCACUGAGUUUUAUUGGGGAAUUUAUUGGAAAAAUAAGAACUGAAGCUUCUCAGAUCAGAAAAGAUAAAUAUAUGGCUAAUCUUCCAUUUACAUUAAUUCUUGCUAAUCAGAGGGACUCCAUUAGUAAAAAUCUACCAAUUCUUAGACACCAAGGACAGCAGUUGGCCAACAAGUUGCAGUGUCCUUUUGUAGAUGUACCUACUGGUACAUAUCCUCGUAAAUUUAAUGAGUCACAAAUAAAGCAAGCUCUAAGAGGAGUAUUGGAAUCAGUUAAACACAAUUUAGAUGUGGUGAGCCCAGUUCCUAUCAAUAAGGAUGUGUCAGAAGCUGACUUGAGAAUUGUCAUGUGUGCCAUGUGUGGUGAUCCAUUUAGUGUGGAUCUUAUUCUUUCACCCUUCCUUGAUUCUCACUCUUGCAGUGCUGCUCAAGCUGGACAGAAUAAUUCCUUAAUGCUUGACAAAAUUAUUGGUGAAAAAAGGAGGCGAAUACAGAUCACAAUAUUGUCAUACCACUCCUCAAUUGGAGUAAGAAAAGAUGAACUGGUCCAUGGGUAUAUACUAGUUUAUUCUGCAAAACGGAAAGCGUCAAUGGGAAUGCUCCGUGCAUUUUUGUCAGAAGUUCAAGAUACCAUUCCUGUACAACUAGUGGCAGUUACUGACAGUCAAGCAGACUUUUUUGAAAAUGAAGCUAUCAAGGAAUUAAUGACUGAAGGAGAACACAUUGCCACUGAGAUAACUGCUAAAUUUACAGCAUUGUAUUCUUUAUCUCAAUAUCAUCGGCAAACUGAGGUCUUUACUCUGUUUUUCAGUGACGUUCUAGAGAAAAAAAAUAUGAUAGAAAAUUCCUAUUUGUCUGAUAACACAAGGGAAUCCACCCAUCAAAGUGAAGAUGUUUUUCUUCCAUCUCCAAGAGACUGUUUUCCCUAUAACAACUAUCCUGAUUCAGAUGAUGACACAGAAGCACCACCUCCUUAUAGUCCAAUUGGGGAUGAUGUACAGUUGCUUCCAACACCCAGUGACCGUUCCAGAUACAGGUUAGAUUUGGAAGGAAAUGAGUAUCCUAUUCAUAGCACCCCAAACUGUCACGAUCAUGAACGUAACCAUAAAGUGCCUCCACCUAUUAAACCUAAACCAGUUGUACCUAAAACAAAUGUGAAAAAACUGGAUCCAAACCUUUUAAAAACUAUUGAAGCAGGUAUUGGUAAAAAUCCAAGAAAACAGACUUCUCGGGUGCCUUUGGCACACCCUGAAGAUAUGGAUCCUUCAGAUAACUAUUCGGAACCCCUUGACACAAUUUUCAAACAGAAGGGCUAUUCUGAUGAGAUUUAUGUUGUCCCUGAUGAUAGUCAGAAUCGAAUUAUUAAAAUUCGAAACUCAUUUGUAAACAACACUCAAGGAGAUGAAGAAAACGGGUUUUCUGAUAGAACCUUGAAAGGUCAUGGGGAACGUAGACCUUCAAAAUACAAAUAUAAAUCUAAAACUUUGUUUAGUAAAGCCAAGUCAUACUAUAGAAGAACACAUUCAGAUGCAAGUGAUGAUGAGGCUUUCACUACUUCUAAAACAAAAAGAAAAGGGAGACAUCGUGGGAGUGAAGAAGAUCCACUACUUUCACCUGUUGAAACUUGGAAAGGUGGUAUUGAUAAUCCUGCAAUCACAUCUGACCAGGAGGUAGAUGAUAAGAAGAUGAAGAAGAAAACCCACAAAGUAAAGGAAGAUAAAAAGCAGAAAAAGAAAACUAAGACCUUCAAUCCACCAACACGUAGAAAUUGGGAAAGUAAUUACUUUGGGAUGCCCCUCCAAGAUCUGGUUACAGCUGAGAAGCCUAUACCACUAUUUGUUGAAAAAUGUGUGGAAUUUAUUGAAGACACAGGAUUAUGUACUGAAGGAUUGUACCGUGUUAGUGGAAAUAAAACUGAUCAAGACAACAUUCAAAAGCAAUUUGAUCAAGAUCAUAAUAUCAAUCUAGUAUCCAUGGAAGUGACAGUAAAUGCUGUAGCUGGAGCUCUCAAAGCUUUCUUUGCUGAUCUGCCAGAUCCUUUGAUCCCAUAUUCACUCCACCCAGAGCUAUUGGAAGCCGCAAAAAUCCCAGAUAAAAUAGAACGUCUUCAUGCCUUGAAAGAAAUUGUUAAGAAAUUUCAUCCUGUAAACUAUGAUGUAUUCAGAUAUGUGAUAACACAUCUAAACAGGGUUAGUCAGCAAAACAAAAUCAACUUAAUGACAGCAGACAACUUAUCCAUCUGUUUUUGGCCAACUUUGAUGAGACCUGAUUUUGAAAAUCGGGAGUUUCUGUCUACCACUAAAAUCCAUCAAUCUGUUGUUGAAACGUUUAUUCAACAGUGUCAGUUUUUCUUUUACAAUGGAGAAAUUGUAGAAACUACGAACACUGUGCCUCCUCCCCCACCUUCAAAUCCAGGACAAUUGGUGGAAUCAAUGGUACCACUUCAGUUGCCGCCACCGCUGCAACCUCAGCUAAUCCAACCACAAUUGCAGACAGAUCCUCUUGGUAUUAUAUAGAUAGAAUGUGACUGCAAAUGACCUGGAAUUGGACAAAAGCAAAUCUAGACAUGCAUGUUUCAGGGUUUAGUAGUAUAUUUCAUGUUUCAUACAGAUAGUCCACAAUCAAAAUGACAAGACAUUUUCUCUCUGAACUAUAUGGUAUUCCCUAUUCACUUACAUUACAGAUCUAAAACCGUGGUAAGCAUGACUGGAGAGGUUUAAUUUUUAUAAACAAAAGAUAGUUAUAAAAAUGCAAAGCUGCUGCUGCAUGCAACCUUAUUGCAAUCAGUUUAUCAUUCCUGUGGCAAUUUCUGUCACAUUAUAUUGUGAAUAAAAUUUUUCUAUAGAAAUUAAAUGAUUUAAAAACUCAUAUAUGAAACGUUUAAUGCUUUCAGCCUGCUUUAUGGCUGGUUUUGUUAUUUGAUGUGCUAAUUUGGGAAUUUAAUUUACAUUCAAGCAGUCUGUAGAUAACUAAAGCCCAGUUAAGUAUUUUAUAAUUUCAGGUUACUAUGCCAUGCUUGGGAUGUUGUUUGACAGAAAGAAAAAAAAUACAUGUAACAUAUUUCACAUUUCUGCACCUUCAUCUUCUAAGUAAAUCUGUGGAUGAUUUGAUGAGGAGUGAAUGAACCUGUUUCUUUUACUCACAUACCAAGGACACACUUGUGGUUUAAAUGAGUUGAUAAUGUGGUAUAAAGGAUAGUUGUCACCAACUCAUUUCUUUUUGAUCUAUAAUGAAAAAUACAUUUUGUAUACGUUAAUUCUGUAAACAGAUGCAUGUUCAAAAGAUCUAUGAUGGUCUUGUAAUCUUAAUCUAAUAUAUUUUAGAUAUUUUAAUUUUUCCCUCUUGGGGAAUACAUUUAGUAUAGUGUAGAAAAAUACUUCAUGACAUUUUCAUAUAAGGUUAUAUAACUUUUCAUACAUAAACAUGAAAUUUGUUGUAGAAAGUUCUUUAAACCAAACAUUUAAUCUAGGACUUCAAUUUAAUCUGUUCCUUGAAUCUAUUUUUAUGUGGCCCUUGAGAAUAUAUCCCAAAAAAAAUCCAUUGCUAAUAUAGCAAUAAAAAUACUUUGGGUACUGACAGACUCCUUGGAGUAUGUAUAUAUAAAAUCACAAACUUGUAUUCAUAUUCUUUCUGUGAUGUGUUAUUCUACAAUCCAGAUGGCUUUUGCACCAUUUUUUAAACCAGUUUCCUCCCCCCCCUUUGAUGUUGGUACCAGAGUUGCUAUAAAUGACUGCUGCUUUAGAGGUUAAAUUUUUGUUAGUGAAGAUACAACCAGAACACUAAAUUAUGAUAAAACUUUCUGACUGGAUAAUAGGUAAAUUUAGUUGGGCUGUAUUCAAAAUUAUUUUAUUAUCAAACCAUAUCAUUUGUUUUACUGGAAAGAGGAAAAUGGUUUGCUUUCUACUGCUGGGUCAUAUUUUGUGUAGUAAAGAAGAAAUUCUUUGGUCAAUAUUGUAAUCUUUAUAUUUCAACCUUAAGGUUUCCUUAUUUGUAUUAUAGUAAAUCGAUGAUUUUGAGAUUCAAGGCUCCUAAGAGUUUGAUUUGCUCCAUUUUGUCUUAAAAUAAAUAUUCUUUCCCAAUUGUUGUAUCUUAGGUAUUGUACUUCCAGUUUCAACCAAGAUGUCAACAUGAACCAGGCUACUGUUGAAGUACAUGUAUAUUAUAAAUUAUCUUAUUUGUGUUAUACUCUUACAUGUUAUUAUCUUUUCUAAGAGAACAAAGUCCCUAUUAUUCCUAUUGCAAAGCACACAGGAAUUAAGAAAGUACAGUAAUUUUUAAAAAAGAAUAUCCGGUAAAUGUAGUAUUCUUAACUUGUUCUAUAUUACUUAUACCUAUGUCUAUAUAGCUUUAAUUUAUAGCUGUCAGUUUAACAUUGGCAUGUCUGGCAAAGAAAAUUAAACUUUAAGAGUUUUAUAAACUGUUUCUAGGUUGCUAAAGAAUUUAUUUUUCUACUAUAUAUGGUAUAGACAAAGCAUCAACUAUGUACAGGAAAAAAGCCUGAAUAUUUCUGUUGGAAGUAGGCUUAAAAGAGAAUUUUCAGAACUGUUCAUAUCUUUGGUUCAUUCUGUCCUAACUUUACUAUUGUAAUAUGUGAGUUCCAGUUUAUUUAAGCUAUUCUCUUUGAUAAUGUGUUAAUUUAACAUUUACAUUUAGAACUAUUUUUGUUAUUAAAAUUAGCAUUUAUAAGUUUCCACAUUAACUACUAUAACACCUUUCCAAAAACUGAUCUCUUACUUUUCUAUGCAUUCUAUCAUUGAUUUGACACACUACAUAGUGAAUCACUUAAAUAUUCUACAUGUGGUUCAUUUUACUAGUAAGCUACAGAUAUUGAAAAUUAAAGUACGGUUUAAAGAUCAGUCUGUUACACUGACUUGUGUUUGUUUUUGGCCAAGGGUAUAUAGAUACGUUCUUAAAUACUAGAAAAGUAAUUCUAAGAGGAGAAUGACAGCAUUCUUUUUUUUUACUUGCAAGUCACUGCAACAUUUCACUGUUUAGGGACACACAUAUACACAUGUGUAUAUGAGAUUUAAUGGGUUAAAAGAAUAUAGUAGAUAGUCUCACAGUUAUGGGUAAACAUUAAAACAUUUCACAGUAUUAAAAAGCAAUUACAUCUCUACACGUUGCCAUUGUUUCAUUUAAAUUUCAGUGCUUAUUCCAGUGUCGGGUUCAACAGUAUUUAGAUAAACAAUAUAAAGAAGCAUAGAGGGGUCUCUGUUUCAGACUUUGAGUAGGGUCUUUUGUUUGUUUGUUUUUAUUUUUAUUUUUUUUAGAAGUUGAGUUUUGUUCAAUAUGUGCUUGUCAUGGUGUAUUGAUAUCUUAACAACAAAAUUCCAGGCACAAUAUUUUUGUUUUAAGUGAUGUUUUUAGUAGUACUCCCCCCCCCUUAACAUUUACAGUGUAAAUACUAUAGGUAACAGUGUUUAGUCAAAAAAGCAGCUCUUAUUUUCCAUACUAUAUGUGAAUAUUAAAGACUUUUUGGUUGUUUUGAGUUACUGAAAUCUCAUUUCUAAUAUCUUUUAGAUAUAAACAAAGGGAACAUUUGAAAUAAAAAACUUAGGCCUUAGCUUCCAUGAUUAUCUUUAGUUUUUUUCUAGAGUAAUAAUUGUGAUACUGUUUGUCAACUGGGUAUAAAUAUAUGUAUAUAUAAUUUUUUAAAAAUCAAGUCAUUUGUUUCUUUUUAUAGUUAAUAUAAUUUUAUGCUUUAUCCAAAUGAUGCUGCAGUAAUUUAAGUAUCAGUAAAGCUUCCAAUGUAACGAAUGCUUUGAAUAAAACAUUAAGAAGCUGUGUAUUUUUAGUUAAAGUUGCUGAUUUUUACCAUCUUGCUGGUAAAAAUCAACUAAUUUUAGUAAAAUAGGAGCAUUUAAAUUUUUAUAUUAAUAUAAUUAAAUUUUUACUGGGUGGUUUUAUUCUUGGACUUUCCUUAUACCGUGAAAGGAAAUAAAAAACUCAUUCUGUGUGAACUUAUAUGUGAACAUAAGUUUUUAAAAACAGGAGGGACUGAAGAUAUGUAGCUCAGUUGAUAGAGUGCUUGCUUAGCUUGCAGGAAGACCUGGGUUCAUUCCCUCAGCACUACGUAAACCAAGCCUGCUGGCACACACUCCAGUUCUAGCACAUAGGAGAUAGACGCAGAUAAAGCAGAAAAUUGGAAUCAUCUUCACUGCAUAGAGAUUUUGAACACAGCCUGGAACACAUUAGACCCUGCCUUUUAAAAGGGUCAAGAAAUAGGAAAACAAGAAAAAAUGUACAGGUUAAACAUAUACAUGAAUCUGGAUUUUGGGAGGCAUUCUUUGGAACAACUGGAAAUAUUCUUAAACUAUUCUAGGUAGAGCACAGGUAUUAAUACUGGAAAAUGUAUGUUUUUGCUUUCUCUUCAUGGCUUAAAAGUACCAUACCCUAUAAGUGUAUGCUAUCAGAUUCUUCUGCGGGUCUGGUGAGUUCUCUUUGAUUUGAGUCUUUGUUCAUAUCUUGGAUUUGAAUUCUUAGCCUUUUUCACUUUCCAAGUACCUGAAGGUAAAGAUAAUGUUUAAUUGAGGAAGACACCAUUCUUUAAAACCAUUUUCUUCAGGCAGCUGAGAUGGCUCCGUAGUUAAGAACAUUUACUACCUUUCCAGGGACCCAAGUUAAGUUCCCCUCACUCAGAUCAGGCUGUUCAAUCAACUGUAACUCCAGCUCCAGUGGCUCUGACACGUUCAAUUCUUCACAGGCAACUGCACUCCCAUACACAUACCCAUACCCAUAGAUUUAAAAAUGAAAAAACGCACCAAAACAACAUGAUAGCAUCUGUAUGUUUCUACCACAUAUUCUUACAUGCAAUGCUUGGCAGUGAUACAAGUACUAAUAAUUGUUUUAAAACAGUUCAAUCUAACUUUAAUGAACUUGAACAAAUCUUCACUAUUUAGUUGACUCAUCAUCAUCCUAUAUACUUGAUUAUGCUGUAGACAUAAUAUGCUAUUGUUACCUUUUUCUGAGGGAUGGAGAUAUGAAGAACUAUAGAAUUUCAUAUUCCCAUUUUAAUUGAACGGUGUAAAAUUUGUCUUUAUGAAAAUGUUAAUGGUAGCCAGAAUGAUUUUGAUAAGCCCGUGAAUGACAUUAAAAGUUGUUUUUAUAUGUUACGUAUUAAACAUAAUUUUAGUCCUUGAAGUUAAUGAAACGUUGACAAUUCUUGUUUACCAGUUGUUAGAAAUGUUAAAACUUUCAAAUAUAUGUUUGAGUGUAUAUAUACAUAUGUAUAUAUAUUUCAUAUAUAUAUCUAUAAGUAGCUAUCAGAGGAUUUGUGGUUGAAAAACCAAACUUGUUAUUUCCCCAUAGUGCAGAUGUUUUGUUCAAUCUUAUUUUCUUGAAAUAGUAAAGUUGCUCUAAGUAAUUUAGUAAUGGUCCUCCUAUCAGAAGUUUGGUGUUCAGUUUAAAAUUUAUUGUUUUAACAUUUUUCAAAUUUAUUUUAUAUUUUAUUUCAGCAUCAGUGAUAACAGAUUUAGCAUCUGAUUAAUGAGAUCUUUUUACAUUCGGAACUCUUAGUUUUUCUCCUGAUUCUCGUUAUUAACUUUGUCCAAAUAAAUUUAGGUGUUCAAGAAGCAGAUGUAACACUGCUUCCUUAAACAUGACAGCUAAGUUCAGAAACAAUGUGUAUUACUAUUAUUAUUGUGUAGUACUCCGAAUUACUUAAAAAUAAACAGAAAGCCAGCAGGA